AUGGCCGACCGUGUGAGGCUCCAUCAAAGCUCCAAGAUGCUGAUUCCGUUCAUGGUCAGAAUACCAAAGAACACUGCCCGUUGCAUUGCCGCCGAAUGGCCCCAGUGGGAUGUCAAGGCAGGAACGCUGAGCGACGUCAUCGUGGCCAUCUAUCCAACAAGGGAUGAAGGCCAUGGGAGCUUCUUGAAGCCAUCCGCGUAG